CGCAACGUUGACACCCACUUUUCAAAAUGGCAGCCGGAGUAACUUUUGAUCCGAGCUCGUUUGAGCGAAAUGUAGUUGGAUUUCAGGCCUCAUCUUCAACCUCCCCCGCAUUACGGAGCUCCGUGAGCUCACCCGAGGUCCAGUUCAACCGCUGUUUCGGCAAACUGAAGGCGCUGCGAGCUUCCGACAGUCCAGACUUCAGAACCGAGCUGAACAUGCUGCUGGAUCAGCUGAUCUCCGAGAACUACAGCAACAACAGCUUCAUCAACGAGAACAUCCGACCACAAGAUGUGUGUGCGCUGCUUGUGCACGUGAGCCGGUUGGUGCCUCACAGUCAGGAACGCCUGCUGGUCAAGUUGUGCCAGUUAAUUCACCAGCUUCUGAACCAGCUACAGGUGAUUGUGGACGAGGAGGCGUUGGACACACUUGUGUCCUACUGUAUACGCGCGCUUCACGUGUGCAGUUCAUGGACACACACGGAGGUCUUGCUCGCUCUCUCCACAGUGCUGUACGCCAACGGAGCCAAGUGUCAGCGGCACCUUCCAGAUCUACUUGGGCAGAAUGGGAUCCUUGUGAAGUAUGGUGACCCCAGUCAGAGUGAUGUAGAGCUCCGGCGCUCUGCCGUGCACUGCAUGGCCAGCCUCUGCAUCGGUGUUCCCGGUAAUCCAUUUUUGGAAGAACCGUACAGAGGAGUGUGUUACAAAAUUUUCCUGCAGAUUCUUCAGUCACGGAAGCCGUCCAGCGUUGAAGAUCUCGUCUACUGUACGUUGUUGCAAAGUGCUCUAAAGGGCAUUCAGUAUUUCCUGAGUGGGGGAAAAUGGAAGGAGAGUCCAGAUCAGGACCUGGGCUCCUUGUUGGCAGCGCUGAAGAAAUUCAUGUUUCAUGGACUGCCAGGGAUAAACGUGGAGAUGCCUCUGGUUCUGUACCCGGCGCUUCUUCCUCAGUAUGACACAGUGAGCAAAAGCGAACCUGCACAGGACGUAGCACCUCAGAAGAAAACACCAGCGAGCCAACAGAAUAAAAAGCGAAAGUCUCGUGGGAAAGGGAAGAAAGCCAGAGAAGAGAAGAAGACAGAUGAAGGAGAAGAGGAGGGUGAGGAUGAGGAACCGGGUUUGAGAACUGUCAGGGACGGAGUGGGUGGAGGACCUGGACGAGGGGAUUUCCAGGUCUGUUCUCCAACAUCUAUCGAACAACAUCGACCACCUUUCCAGCAGGGGGCAAUCCCUCAACUCUUACCAUGCUGGAAGAAAGGGAGCUCUGACUCGGAGUUCUCCGAUCCUGAAGGUGGAAUGGCAUCCAAGCUCAGGCUGUACCUGGCUCGAGUGCGACAGAGCGCUCUGCACUGUUUCCUGGCUGCGGUGAAGUGCGUGGAAAAGAAGGUCCUGUACGGCUACUGGUCCUACUUCAUCCCCGAUGCCCCAGGCAUUGGAAGCCCUCCUUCACUCACCCUGGUCACCAUUGCUCUUAAAGACCCGUCCCCUAAGGUGAGAGCGGCGUCGCUGCAGGUGCUCUCGGCGCUCCUCGAAGGUUCUCGCCAGUUCCUCUCGGCAGCUGAAGACACCAGCGAACUCCGGCAAGCCUUCACUACGUUCUCGGCCACGCUGGCAGCCAGCUUGAGGGAGCUGCACCGCUGCCUUCUGCUCGCACUGCUGUCCGAGUCUUCCCCUCAGACCCUCACGCAGGUCAUAAAGUGCCUCGCCCACUUGGUGUCCAAUGUGCCCUACAGACGCUUAAGGCCUGGUUUGCUCAGCCCUCCGUGGAAACAGAUUCGGCCCUACAUCAGACACAGAGAUGUGAAUGUCCGGGUGUCCAGCCUGACCCUGCUGGGUGCAAUGAUCUCCUGUCAGGCCCCACUGCCUGAAGUGCAGCUCCUCCUGAAACUACCUUCCCCAGGAGGCAGAGAGAGAGACGCGAACACGUCUCCUGACACCAGGGAGACGGAGAAGGCUCCGUGCUGGCUGCUGCAGGUCUGUGUGGCUCUGGUUUCUCAGCCCAGAGAGGAUUCCUGCUCCGACAGUGACACGAAAACAUCGUUCGGCUCAUUAGAGCCUCUACCCGUCCGACUCGAGGCGCUUCAGGUCCUGGCACAUCUGGUGAAGGGGUACUUCUGUCUGGCUCAGGCGUCUCUGCUGGAGCUGGGUCAGCUCAGUGCUCGCUGUCUUCACGAACAAGAUCCAUCCGUGCAGUUACAUGGAACGAAGCUGUUGGAGGAACUGGGCACCGGAAUCAUCCAGCAGUACAGAGCCGAUCCUGCCGAUCCCACCACCACCACCUCGGAGAGCAUCAGUCCUGUGCCUGUGAGCCAGGUGGUACACUUCUGGUCUGAGGUACUGAGCGGUCCUUUGAUCGGAGCCUUACAGAACGAGCAACACCCGACGUUACAGACUAGCGCAUGCGACGCGCUGUCCUCCAUCCUACCGCAGGCCUUCAGCCAGCUCCCGGACAAGACUCAGGUUCUGUGCAUCACUGUGUUGCUCGGGUUGACGUAUAGCGAAAACUCGUUGGUGAAAGCGGCGGCGGUGAGAGCUCUCGGCGUCUACAUUCUCUUCCCGUGUCUCAGAGAGGACGUGAUGUUUGUGGCAGACACAGCUAACGCCAUCCUCACCGUUCUGGACGAUCGCUCACCCAACGUCCGUGCCAAGGCUGCCUGGUCGCUAGGCAACCUCACCGACACACUCAUUAUCAACAUGGAGUCUGUUGGCCUGGAUUUUCAGGAGGAGCUUUCUGACAUGCUGCUUCUGAAGAUGCUCAGAUCUGCUACUCAGGCAUCUGGUGACAAGGACAGGGUAAAGAGCAACGCGGUGCGAUCUCUUGGGAACCUGUUGCACUUCCUGCAGCUAAGUCACCUGCAUAAGCCAGCAUUUGCGCAGCCUCUCGAUCAGGCCAUGAUGGCUCUUAUAGAAGCAGCCAAAGGAGAUGCUACCAUGAAGGUGCGCUGGAACGCUUGCUACGCUCUGGGCAACGCUUUCCAGAACCCUGUCUUGCCUCUGGGCUCUGCCAGCUGGUCCACAGAGGCCUACUCAGCUCUUUCCUCCAUCGUCACGUCCUGCAAGAACUUCAAAGUGCGCAUAAAAUCCGCCGCCGCUCUCUCUGUCCCCUCCACCCGGGAUCGCUACGGAGACGAGCGUCAGUUCGCUGAAGUCUGGCGAGCCCUAACCGAAGCUCUCGAACACAGUGAAGAGACCCAGGAUUUUCUCGAAUACCGCUACUGCGCCAGCCUGCGUUCUGAGCUCUGCAACGCCGUCCUUCACCUCCUGUCCCUGUGUCGAGUCGGAGACCUGCCUACGCUCGGAGCGUCGCUGAGCGGCCGGGCCAGACCUGCCAUGCACAGAUUCAUGGUUCAUUACCUCACAGACGUUCCUUCAGCUUCAGAUGCAGGAUUUCAGACAGACACUACAGACAGACUGAAGCUUCUGGAUCAGAUCCUGAUCAGACUGAAGGAGCUGGAAGGGGAUGCUGGGGCUGGAAGCAGGUCUGAUCUUGACCUGGUGAUUGAAUUCCUAGAGGAUGUUGGGAAAACUCAGAAAAUGUUAAAGGUGUCUGAUGGGAUGGAUGCAACACAGACGUGCAAUAGCACGACUUAGACAUUUUAAUUAUAGGAACUGACAUCGGCUGUUCAUUAAUACGUGAUCUCAAUCAAUCGCUCGAAUAAUUUAUCAUGUUAUAUAAAAAAAGCCAUUUGAUAUGUCGCACACUUAAUUCACUUUAUUAGAAACAUCUCAAAGCUCAUUCAUUCCUGCAGGUCUCCAAGUAGCCAAUCAUGAGGCAGCUGAAGACCGGGAAAAGCCUAGAAAGAUCAUCGUCACCUCUGUGAUUGGAAUGAAACCCAGGAAAUACACUAUAUAGUCACAAGUUUGUGGACACCUCUCCUAAACAUAAGAUUCGUAUGAGCUUUUUGAACAUCCCAUUCCACAUUUAGUCUGCAUUUGCCCUUAUAAAAACCUUCACUCUUCUGGGAAGAUGUUCCACUAGAUUUUGGAGUGUUCUGGUGAAGAUGUGGGUGCAUUUAGAUGCAAGAUUUUUUUUGUUUUUCCAGUUUUUGUAGCUUGAGAUUCCUGACAGGAAUGGAACCCGACGUGUUCUUUAGCUGUUGUGAUGCAUCCACCUCAGGGUUCAAUGUUGUGCAUUUUGAGAUUCUUUUCUGCUCAUCAGAGCUUUAAAGAGUAACUGUUUGAGGUAAUUCUGUCUUCCUUUCUGGCUUUUCUCAUUUCCAACUGCUUACGGAGCAUUCUUUUUGGUAACCCGAGAAUAUUGAUGUUUGAUAACCUGAACGAGAACAUGUUUCUUAUUCAAGCAGAUUUGAUUGCACAUGAGAAGUCUGUAGAUCACUGAUGAUUUCAUGCACACUAAACCCAAGUCCCCCAAAACGGUCACGUUUUUAUUUGCUGCUUUGUUUUUACCAUGUUUCAUGGAAAUAUGAGCUUCUGACAGUUUUGUCUCCUGGGGAAUUGCUUGAUGGUGGACAUGUAUUUUAGCUGUAGAAAGCAACAAUAAAAGUUUUUUUUUUUUUUUUUUUAUUUUAUUUUAUUUUUUUUAUAAAAAGUCUGUGGUUUUUAUUUGUGUAUCUGAACCAUGCAGCAUGAUGUUACUGUAGAGUGUAACUUUUAUCUAAAAACAAAAGGUUUUCCACACAAAUAUAUUUUGCUUAAUCUGUCACGUCCACACCUCUGCACUCUCAUCUCUUUCACUGUCUCUCUGUCUAUCCAACAAUGCUCCUGAGGUACCAGUGCUUCUUCUACUUGGUUCUGCCUGAUUCAUACUGAUGCCCUACCUCUGGAUAGAGUAUUCUUCAACUGGAGACCAAUCUGUGUUGAUGAUGGUUCCACAUGAACAGUGUAAAGAUCCAUGAAGUUACUGAGCAAUACAAUAACUUUUGAGGAUGGAUUUAGACUUAGUCUUAGGACCCCAGGUUGCACAAACGGUUCUACAUUUAAGCGUCAUUUGAACAGUACACCUCAACAGUGAUGGAAUUUUAAUAAAUGGACAUUUGAUGCCACCCAAA